UCCCCCCACCCCACGCCCCCGCUCCGCCACCGCAGGAUGCAGUUCGAGAUGAGCGACAACGUCAAGGGCAAAGCCAUGUCCUACCCGGUGACCAGCCAGCCCCAGAGCGGCAAUCAGUGCUACCAGAGCCAGCUGAGCGACUGGCACACGGAGCUGACCGACUGCUGCAACGACAUGCCCAUCUGUCUGUGCGGGACCUUCGCCCCCCUGUGCCUCGCCUGCCGCAUCGCCGACGACUACGGCGAGUGUUGCUGUACCCCCUACCUCCUGGGCGGCCUCCACUCCAUCCGCACCGGCAUGAGGGAGCGCUACCACAUCCAGGGCUCCGUGCCAAGUGACUGGGCGGCGCUCACCUUCUGCCUGCCCUGCACCCUGUGCCAGAUGGCUCGGGAGCUGAAGAUCCGGCAGUGAGGACCCGCCUCCCCCCUCCCCAAGCCUCCGGUCCUUCCCCGCCUUUCCCUCUCCAGGCCCCGUCUCCUACGUCGCCCCCCCAACUCAACCGUAAUAAAAUGUAGAAACAAACUCGGUCUCCGUGUCGCUACUGGUGAGCAAAAUGGGGGUCCGGGCGG